UAGACCCAAUAAGAUUCAGCCCAUAUUUAGGCCCAAACCGAAAUGAUACAAAACGGAGCGUUUAAUUGUCCCGAUCAGAAUACGGGCCUUCACCCGCGGCCCGACAAGACAUCUCGCCGUCGAUUUUCGUCCCCGGUGACGAACGGUCCCACUAAAUGGAAGGCGCAGGAGAUUCCGGCGGAUCUGCGUCGGAAAGUCAGCUCGAGAGCUGGAUAGAAGAACAGGAUCGGCUGAAGAAGAAACUGAUCAUGUACGAUGACUUCCCAUGGAAGAUAUCAUCGUCUUCGCCAUCCAUGGAUCAUUCGGAUUCGGAUAAGUUGAAGUACAUUGGAGGUGUGGACAUGAGCUUCUCCAAGGAAGAUUCUUCCGUCGCCUGCGCUUGCCUCGUCGUUCUCGAGCUCCCUUCUCUGCGUGUAGUCUACCAUGACUUCUCUCUCCUCCAUCUCCGUGUUCCUUAUGUCCCUGGCUUCCUCGCUUUCCGUGAGGCACCUGUUCUACUGCAGCUUCUGGAUAAGAUGCAAAAAGAACAGAACCCGUUUUAUCCGCAGGUACUGAUAGUUGAUGGAAAUGGGAUACUUCAUCCACGAGGAUUUGGCUUGGCAUGUCACUUAGGUGUUCUAGCUCAUCUCCCUACUAUUGGGGUCGGAAAGAAUCUGCAUCAUGUGGACGGUCUGAAGCAAUCUGAGGUCAGACAGCUACUUCAGCUCAAAGAGAAUCAAGAUGAACAAGUUAUCAACUUGGUCGGUAACUCAGGGUUUACAUGGGGAGUAGGAAUUAGACCAACCUUGAGUUGUCUGAAGCCUAUAUACGUGUCGGUUGGCCACCGCAUAUCACUCGAGACUGCAGUUAAGAUCGUUAUGAUGACAUGCAAGUAUCGUGUUCCAGAGCCUAUUAGACAGGCUGAUAUGAGAUCAAGAGAAUAUCUCCAGGAGCAUCAAAUGAAAGUUUUAGAAGAACACGACCUUCCAGACCAGCCCGAGCAUUAGCCAUUGUGCCGAGAACCAAAGAAGGCGACAUGACUCUUUGGAGUUCAAUGCAAAUUUUUAUGAAAUUUUAACCCCAAAUUCUUGGACGAAUGCUGGUUUGGCAUAUGAAGCCACAAUGCUGUACAAACAUUUGCUACAAUGUCGUCUGGACAAGUCUGAACCAGUGGAUGCAUACAAUACAGAAUUCAGGAUUCUCAAUUCUCUUAAAUCUCCAUAAACAGCAAAGCA